AUGACCAGCUGCGCCAAACACGAAACCGACCCCAAAGUCCCCGGCGGGCCCAUCCCCAUCGGCGACUCCAUCCUCGAGACGGCCGCCAGCAUAACCCAAGACUUCGCACCCGUCAAGAACAUCUGCGCCCACCUCAACGCAUUCCACAUCUACGCCGACGACCCCUCGCGCAAAAUUGAGACUAACCACUACUGCUCCCACAUCUCCUCCGAUGUGCGCCAAUGCCUCCUCUACGACUCAAACGAGCCCAACGCGCGGCUGGUCGGGAUCGAAUACAUGAUCACGCCGCCGCUGUACGAGACGCUGCCGGCGGCCGAGCGCGCGCUGUGGCACUCGCACGUAUUUGAGGUCAAGUCCGGGCAGCUGAUCAUGCCCUGCCCCAAUGGCGUGCCGCUGGCGCUGUGGGAGAAGGCCGAGACGAAGGAGAUGGAGAGUACGAUAAAGCUGUACGGAAAGACGUACCAUCUGUGGCAGGUGGACCGGGGGGACAGGCUACCGAUGGGGGAGCCGAAGCUCAUGAUGGCGACGACGGAGGGUUCGGCACACUUGGAUGAGCUGAUGAAGGAGCGCGAUGAGAGGUGGGGGGUGGAGAGUGCGAGGAAGAGGGAGUUGAGGAGGGGGCUGGUGGAGCCGAUAGUGCAUCCGGAUGCGGAUCAGUAUGAUAGGAGUAAGCUUACUUGA